GCUAAGGCAACUCAGGAUGCCUUAUGCUAGGGAAGAUCCCACUAUGGCCUUGCCAGCUGAAAGGGAAGGCGGACUCGAGAUGUUCUUGCCAAGACGGGUUAAAGAGGGGGAGUAUAUUUCUUCUUGGUGGGGCGUGCAGAUGGAUAUGGAUAUCUUCGCCUGGAUCGAGUCUGGAUUUAAUGAUGAUCAGGAUUGCGCAAUUGUGAGGGUGACCCUAUACGCCCCGCCAUCAUUCUGGAUCGAGCAUGGGAUAGAGUUGGCGCUUAGGCAUGAAAGCCUGCUUGCUAGGCCUCUGAGGGUAGCCGUGGCAGCUGCAGCAAAGUGGGCGAGGGAAGCGUCUCGUGAUGGAGAAGAGCAAGUACCGACCCGUGUAGAGGGUUUUAGCCUUAUAAAGAUGUGGGACAAGAAAGCGAUGUGGUACAUGCUCCCUUUGUUCGUUUGUGAAGGACUAAAUGAGGAGGUGUACACCCUCAAGCGGAAGGCGAAGACGUGGGAUGAGUUGAAAAGUUCCUUGAGGCUAAGAUUCCCAGAAGAUGGAAUAGAAGGUCAACGUGGGGAAUGCUCUGUGCCACCAGUUGCGAGCGCACCAUCGCAGGCGGAGAUAAGUGGGUUACAAAGACAAGUAGGGGCAUUGGAGGAGAGGUUAGCAUGGUUGGAAGAGGCCAGGAGAGGCAAGCGGAAGGUUUCAGAAGAUUCCCCAAGUAAGCCGACUGGCCAGGGGGAAAGAGGAGUAGAGAGGGAUGACCAAGAGUCACCCCUCUCGAAAGGAGCCCCAAAGAGGCGAGCCGGUGUUCAGGCGAGCGACAAAGGCAAAGGAGCAAAGGAGGAGCAGGAUGCUAAUAUGACUCUGUCUGUUAUUGCGCCGGAUCCAAAGAGGGGGCUCAUUAACGUGACAGGUCGGAAGAGGCAAAAGAGUGGGUGGUGGUCAGAGCACUGGGUAAAUGUGGUAUUUGAUUGUUGGGGAAAGAUUGGUCGUACCCCUCAAGGAAGUAAGGAAAAGGGUGUGACGGGAAAGAAAGGAAAACUUGAACCUCUCAAAUUGACAAAGGCGCAGCGGAAGGCGAGGAACAUCGCUCAGGGCGGUCAAGGUACCGAAAAAGGGCAGAGUUCGCAGCAGGCAGCAAUUACCCUGCGAGAGUUGGAAAGCGAGGCAAUACCAAGGGGGCCUCCUCUGAUCGAGCAAGCUUUGCAUGGCCAGUGGGCGCCGUGUAACCAAAUGAGUUUGUGGCCGACAUAUAAUCCUUACAUGCCCUGGACGCAAAGUAAUUAUAUGAGCCCUUUGAUGAACAUGAUGCCCCGUGGGCCCCCGCCAGUCCAAAUCCAACCUGUCGGACCAUUGUGGCCACCAAUACAGCAAGUUUUGCAGGACAGUAUGACAGGUGGAAGGGGCCAAAGGCAGGCAGUCGAAAGGGGCCGUGGAGACGGCGGGCGUGGCAGUACGGGCCGUGGAGAUGGUGGACGCGGCAAUGGAGGUCGUGGGAAUGACAGACAAGGCGUCGAGGGUCGCGAUGGGAGCCAGCGAAACCAUAAGUGGGGCUCAAAGAGGAAAGGGGCAUGAUGGUGUUGAACAAGAUGAUUAUUAGAGUGAGCCAAGUGAUCAGGGGUGCGGAGAGGGUAGAUGAGACGACUAGGGCAAAGAAAGUA